AUGUACAGCGAGGUCAUCUGUAACCCUGACAUGUACAACGGUGUCAUCUGUAACCCUGACAUGUACAACGGUGUCAUCUGUAACCCUGAUAUGUACAGCGAGGUCAUCUGUAACCCUGACAUGUACAACGGUGUCAUCUGUAACCCUGACAUGUACAACGGUGUCAUCUGUAACCCUGACAUGUACAACGAGGUCAUCUGUAACCCUGACAUGUACAACGAGGUCAUCUGUAACCCUGACAUGUACAACGGUGUCAUCUGUAACCCUGACAUGUACAACGGUGUCAUCUGUAACCCUGACAUGUACAACGAGGUCAUCUGUAACCCUGACAUGUGCAACGAGGUCAUCUGUAACCCUGACAUGUACAACGGUGUCAUCUGUAACCCUGACAUGUACAACGGUGUCAUCUGUAACCCUGACAUGUACAACGAGGUCAUCUGUAACCCUGACAUGUGCAACGAGGUCAUCUGUAACCCUGACAUGUACAACGAGGUCAUCUGUAACCCUGACAUGUACAACGGUGUCAUCUGUAACCCUGACAUGUACAACGGUGUCAUCUGUAACCCUGACAUGUACAACGGUGUCAUCUGUAACCCUGACAUGUACAACGGUGUCAUCUGUAACCCUGACAUGUACAACGAGGUCAUCUGUAACCCUGAUAUGUGCAACAGGGUCAUCUGUAACCCUGACAUGUACAACGGUGUCAUCUGUAACCCUGACAUGUACAACGGUGUCAUCUGUAACCCUGACAUGUACAACGGUGUCAUCUGUAACCCUGACAUGUACAACGGUGUCAUCUGUAACCCUGACAUGUACAACGGUGUCAUCUGUAACCCUGGUGUGUACAAGAUCCGGUCUUCAGUUAAUAUUAAAACAAAACACGAGAAGCAACUCCUGUUUCUGUAG